AUGAGAACCGUUAAUGCUAUGGGAACUACAAAUUCAUAUUGGGGAGUAAGGGCACUUAAUAUAUAUCUUGCAAGAUGUUGUAAUGGUUGCGAUUAAUGUCUUGGUCCUUUAAAAACAGAUUGCACUGUUUGUUCAGAAGGAUGGGUCCGUUACGAUAAUUAACGCAUUAAUUGUAUUCAUUAAGCCCCUUUUUUUCUUUUAUCAAAAAUUUUAAUUAAUCAAAUUACAGAUCCAAACUCAGAUGACAGGAUUCCUAUGGAGAUCAAUCUAUUAGAAGUUAAUUAAAAUAUAGCUACUUAUGGAACAUUCACUUAUUCUAUUAAUAAUAACUUAUAAAUACUGACUAUCCAAGUCUAUACAAAAUGCUUUACUAAUAAAAAAUGUAAAGUUUUUUUAUAAAAUGCCUACGAUGCUAGUCUUAAAUGA